AUGAAGAAGAAGAGCAAGAAGAUUUUCAUCAAGAAGAACAGCAAGCCCGGCAAGAGUGGUGGCCCAGUCAUCAAGAAGAAGCCCGGUGCCGGGCCCACGACAUUGAAGGAUGCCGUCGAGGGCAUCAAGAAGUCGUCCAUGGACAAGGACAACAUGUGGGACGACCAGUCGGCCGAAGAGGACAACGGUGCGGGCUCAUCCACGGACUCGAAGAGAGACAAAGGGAAAGCGGAAAAAUUCACGAAGAUGAGGUUGGCAGGGAGUUUACCACCAUAUGUGGUUGACUUGUAUGAUAAUGCUGCCAACCAGAAAGAAUCCCCUCGCCAAUUCCGCACGGAGAUUAUCAACACCUUGUUCAAGAGGAACCCCAAGACCGGGCGGUACAGCUUGAUUGACGACCAGCCGUUAUUCACCGAGGCGAAACGAGUUUGGGAGAAAAAGUUCGGCACCGAUGGCAAGGAGAGCUACACCAAGCUCGUCAUGCGAGGACUUUUCUUCGGAAACUCGGAGUCAGCUGGAGAGGUCACCGAGUUCAAGUCCAAGGACGGAACGUGUUUCUACUCAUUCCGCAAAAUGACAGCUGGUGUUGAAACCGGACAAGAGAGCAGCCUGGGCUACACGAAGCAGGCCAAGGGCACCCAGCAGCAAGCGGACAUGCUGGAGGCAAUGUUCGACAAGCUCGAUUGGAGCAUGCCCUACAAGGGUACCGAUGGCCUGGUGGUUGAGCCUGGCAAGAAGCUGCCGAAGCCCAUGGCGGCCUUCUUGGAGAAGGCGGUGGCCACACAGAUCCGCUUGGGUGGCGAGACCAUGCUUCCUCAGGAGUCGUCGGACGUGUAUGACAAGCUCAAGAAGGCCUACGUUGAGAGCCAGAAGAUGCUCGGCGAAUGCCGCCAUAUCCUGGCCUGGAAGGAGAUGCCUGAUUCGCAACCUGUUUCAAAAGACAAUUUCGACAAGUUCAUGACAUUUGUCGCCAAGCAGACGUUGGCCCACCACGAGUUGCUCGCAAACGGCAAAGCCGUUGUCAAGGAGGAGCGAAAAGACUCCGAGGUGGUAUUCGGCAAAGACUACGAGCAGCUGGAGCUUAUGCAAGAUAUCCACUCAACUUUGCAGGAGCACGGUGAGGAGCCGACCUCAUCCACUUCCCAGUGCCUUCGAGAUAUUACACAACUGGCUAGCAUAGGCUCCUAUGGGAAGUUCAGCAACAAGUGCUACAGCGACCUUAUGAGGCGGGUGGAGCCGAAUAUUGCCGUCGCCGAAACAUACAAAACCAAGCUCCACUUUGCAAACCCCGCAGGUGAACAUACACAAGAGGUAUUGUUACCUCAUGAGCUGUUCGCUUCAAUGUUCGAGCAUGAGAAUGAGGCUUUCUUUCGCAAUGUAGCCAGCGACGAGGGUACACGUACAAAGUUCUGGGAUCGCAUGCGAUCUCACUCCCACCCGGCUUGGGAAAAUCACCCGCUGCUGCAUCGCAACAUCAAAAAGGCGAUUCCUAUUUCGGUUCACGGCGACGAGGUUCCCAUCGCUGGGAUUGGAAAGCAGUGGUCCAAGAAGCUCGUCAACGUGUCAUGGGCAAGCUUGCUGGGCAAGACUGAAACGAAGUCGACACAGUUCUGGUCGAUGGGACUGGUAGAGAAAACCGAUGUUAAGAAUGGCCCGUAUGCCACUAUGCGAAACCUCUGGAAGAUUUUGGCAUGGUCAUUUACUGCUCUCUGGUCUGGGCUAUGGCCGUUGACCGACCACAAGGGCAACAGGUUGGGGCUGCAUGGCGAGGAACGAUGUGGCGACCAGAUGCCUGGCAUGCUUGGGCUGGACGAAGUCAUGAAUGAAGGAAGUCCAGAAGACAACUUAGUUCAGAUCGAUGAGCCGUUUAACCAUGUUCGUACGAAAAACCGGAAGCUGACGGAGACGAAGGGCCAGACUUCGAUGGAGGACGAGGUAUGGGCAUUUGUCGGCGAGGACCUCCAACAGAAGGUGCAGCGACUCGCUUCCAUGUCCCUGAAGGGGAAUGUUGGGCCUUAUGCUGUCAACAAGAUGCUCAGACGUUACCGGUUGGCCCUGAGCAUGAUCUGGCGAGAUCAAAGGACGAAUGCCUAA